AUGGAAUCGAACAAUAAUAAUAAUAUGGAGGAGAAGGAGAGGAUUGAUAUAAGAAAAGAAGAACUUGAGGUUAAGGAGGAUAUUGAGGAUGAAGAUGACAGGGGGACCUGGAGCGGAAAGCUGGAUUUUCUCCUCUCUUGUCUUGGAUAUGCUGUUGGUUUAGGAAAUGUUUGGAGAUUUCCAUACUUGUGCUUUAAACACGGUGGGGGAGCUUUUCUUAUACCAUACUUUAUUAUGCUGGCCGUUAUAGGAGUUCCGUGUUUUUUGAUGGAACUUCAUCUCGGGCAGUAUUCAGCCUUAGGCCCUGUAUCUGUAUACGCUCACCUAUCUCCUGUAUUCAAGGAUUGUGUGAACAGAAGAAAUGAAUCUACAGAUCUAAUUUAUAUUAACAGGACCUGUACAAACGAUACUGAGCUCAUGGACUAUAUUUCUAGCAACUAUACUUAUUGGUAUGGUCACACAAAGGAUAAGAAACUUAAAAAUGGAACAGACAUUAAGGUUGACUGUAUUUAUAUUAACAGUACAUAUUGUGAUGAUACUCCUGGCGCAAUUGACAGCAUAACAAAACCAUUUGACCUGCCUGCAGGCCGCCGGUCAACUAGUAGUGAUCAGUAUCUAAAACGGAGUGUUUGGCAGGAAAGUAAAGGAUUAGAGCCUGAUCAAAUGGGAAAACCUUUAUGGGGUCUUGUGCUAAGUUUACUUUUAGCCUGGAUCAUCAUUUUCCUCUGCUUGUUUAAGGGGAUAAAAUCUAGUGGCAAGGUUGUGUAUGUAACUGCUACAUUUCCGUACGUUGUACUUUUCAUCCUUCUUGGGAGAGCUGUAACACUUCCUGGAGCAGACCAGGGGAUAUACUUCUAUCUGUAUCCAGAUCCCACUAAACUAGCGGAUAUAAAGGUUUGGGAGGCGGCUGCAACACAGAUAUUCUUCUCAUUAUCAGUGGCAGGAGGAGGGCUUAUUACACUAGCCAGCUAUAAUCCAUUCCAUAAUAAUAUACUUAGGGAUACUCUGAUUGUGACAAUAGGAAACUGUUUAACCUCAUUCACUGCUGGGUUCGCCAUCUUCUCAGUGCUAGGGUUUAUGGCACUAGAACUUGGACUAAAUGUAGAAGAUGUGGUCAAAGAUGGCCCUGGAUUAGCGUUUAUUGCCUACCCUGAUCUUGUAACAAGACUCCCUCUACCAACCCUGUGGGCAAUUCUCUUCUUUCUUAUGCUGUUCACACUUGGUCUUGAUUCCCAGUUUGCUAUUGUAGAAACUAUAUUGACAGGAAUACUAGACUUCAUGCCAAGUUGGAGAAAAUGGAAACUUUAUAUUGUUGCUGGAAUCUGUAUAGUUGGAUUCCUAGUGGGGCUUCCCCUUACUUGUCCUGGAGGAGGGUAUGUACUGAAUCUGUUGGAUUACUACGCUGCUACCUGGCCCUACCUGUUCAUUGGGUUUGCAGAGCUCAUGAUCAUCUCCUACGUCUACGGGUUCAAUCAAUACAUUGAGGACCUUGUGGAGAUGACAGGGGCAUCAUGGUUACAAAAAGCUAAACCGUUCCUGGGAUUCUUCUAUUGUUUCCUGUCUCCCUUGGUCAUUAUUGUUAUUCUCUGCUACUCCUGGGCUACAUAUGAACCCCUUACCUCAGGAGAAUAUAUCUAUCCAGAAUGGGCCAAUGGUAUUGGAUGGUUUAUGGCAAUGGUCUGUAUAUCUGCUGUGCCUUGUAUGAUGAUGUUAACCCUUGUAAACUCAUGGAUACAGGGGGAUAGGGAUACAUCAGUACAGGGAAUAAAGAGGUUUCUAACGACAAACUUUAAGCCAACAAUACAAUGGAGAAGUUAUGCUAUCAGAGCACAUAAUAAGGAUGGAGAUAAAUCCUCAUAUGAAUAUAUUGAGAAAGGGGACCGACUAGUGAGACGAAGGAAAGCUAUGUACAAAGGGGAGGUGAAUAAUGGGUAUAGCGUAAACAAGGUUUCUAAUGGAGACACGUUCACAAAUCUAUAAGAGAAGAAGUGCAAUAUAAUCUUUUAAACUAUGAACAGGAGGACAAAACGAAGAAAAAUGAAGGCCGGUGCCUCGGCAUGCAGUUCACUAAUCACAAUUAUCAUCUCUUUCUCAAAUUCUACCAAUCCUCAGUGAUUAAAGAAAAAUGAUAAAAAUUCAAAUAAAAGAUAUUUUUGACUCUUUGAAAGAAAAGCAAUCAAUCAGUGAAAAUAAUAUCAUCCAAUAUAAUGGUUGUGAUCGAAGAUGACAUUUUUGUAAAAUUAUGUAAAUGACAACAACAUUUAAUACUAUAAUUGAAUUUUGUUUUUAUUUUAUGAAAUGAAAAAAAAACUGUUCACGAAAACUAAAACUGCGUCUUGUGUUACCACUUUUGUUUUCAAAACAUUUUACCUUGCAGUAUACACAUUGAACAUUGCACAUUGCACCGCCAAUUAUAAGUUUUUGAGAUUUAUGUAGAAAGUUAAAAAAAAUCGCUAUGCAGCAUUAUAAUGUAUCGUAACUUAUUUUUUUUGCAUACAAUCUUUAAUUUUAUAUAUACAAUUUUACAUAUA